CGGCCUGGCUCCCGCCUCCUCGGGUGCGGCGGGGCCGCGGUCCGGAUGUUUGAGGGCCGGCGCGGCGGCCCGCGGGGAGCGGCGGACACCCCCCCAUGAGGACAUCCCCAAGCCGAGUGCCGCCGUGAUGGCUGCUCCCUGGAGGAGCGCGCUCCUGAUGCUGCUGGCCGCCCACGCCGUGGCCUUCGCGAGCUGCUCCGAAGAGGAGGAGACUCCCGAAGAGUGGGUCCUUCUGCACGUGGUGCAGGGCCAGAUCGGCGCCGGGAACUACAGCUACUUGCGGCUGAACCACGAGGGGAAGAUCAUCCUGAAGAUGCAGAGCCUGAAGGGCGACGCGGACCUGUACGUGUCCGACAGCACCCUCCACCCGAGCUUCGACGACUACGAGCUCCAGUCGGUCACCUGCGGCCAGGACGUGGUCUGGAUACCAGCCCACUUCCAGCGCCCUGUGGGGAUAGGCAUCUACGGACACCCGUCCCACCACGAGAGCGAGUUUGAGAUGAAGGUGUAUUACGACAGGACUGUCGAGCAGUACCCAUUUGGGGAGGCCGCGUACUCCCCCGACGGGGCCGAGCCCGGCCAGAGGCACCGGUACGCUCCGGAAGACACGUCUCAGGAGGAGGAGUCCGUGCUCUGGACCAUAGUCAUCAGCAUCUUGAAACUGGUGCUGGAGAUUCUGUUCUGACUCAUCGCACGACUCGAGGUCACUCCUGACCUGUGACGUUGGCUGCGGUCUGCUGUGAACCUAUUUAAUCUGGUUGAAAGCCUGGUUACCUUUUCUAGUGGAGGGAUGGAAAAACUAAAGCCAUACAGAGUUCUGUUACCUCAGUUACCCGAAAACAGGAAGAGCAGCGAGCACAAUCAUUGUUUAAAAGACCAAAAUUCCUGUAAAAGGAACAUACUCAAUAAACUCCAUUUUGAUUAGUUUCUCGAGUGAUUAAAGAAAGAUAACUCCAGUGACUUAGGGUUUAUAUCAAGUAGUGCAAAAUGUCGUGCGGCUACACAGAUUUAGGCUGGCAAGUUGACUAGAGUUUGACUCCACAGGUUCUAACUGAAGUUCACUGUGUAGGUUUUUGAGCAUUACUGAAAUCAAAGUCAGAAAGAUCAUGCUUUAUUUACACUUCCCAAGCCUGCGGCCCGAGUAGCACUGAAACGGUCUACCCAGCAGGAUUCCCUGGCGGGCACGCUGCACCAGCCACAGCGACGUAGUGGAGGCCAUCUGUCAUUUUAUCAUCUUGGGCUGUUAAAGUUCUUCAGUUACUAAAUUACUCUACCUAUGGUAGGCCAGAAACAAUACAAGAUUAGGAAAACUUUAUGAAAAUAAAUGUUUCUCAAGCUAAUGGAGAAAUAGUUAAGUAGUCUAAAUUAAAUUGCUCUAUUUUGCAACUUAGUUUCUCGAGGGAGCCAGAGUACGGAGACAAAAAAUCUUUUGGAAGAUGAAUUAUUUUUCUACCUGGAAUUACUUUCAAGAGUAAGAGCAACUUAUAAUGAAGUAAAUCAGCUUGCAGAUUCCAAGCUCACAGUUAGUUUCAAAAACUUUUAUUGGCAUAAAAAUGAAAAUGUAAAUAAAUUGGCACCAAAUAUUCCACUUAAAUGGAUAUACAGUGUGACAAAAAAAAAAAAACUAUUUUAUCCCUCUUUGCUGUUUUUACCCCUUCUGCCCACUUUCCUGGGUGUUGGGGGGGCUCGCUGACAACAGUCACAAAUCCAGCGACCUAGGAAAAAAAUUAGUUAAUAUAUGAUCAAAUUUUAUUUUUACAGGAUAAAGAUCUCCUUCCGUAACUCUCACUAAUCAUAUUCUCCUGUGCAUUUUCAGUGGGAAGGGCACUAAUAGUUCCUUAAGGAAAAAAAAAUUUAAACUUCUUUUGAAAUUAAUCUUGUAAUCAGUGCCAUGCAAGGGAGGGGUAAGUAAUGCUACAGAAUGACAUGAACCUUUAAAAAACUAAUAGAAUCCCUCCCCAAAUCCAAACACUAUCAAAAUUUAAAAUUUCAGAAAUAUAAAGCCUAAAAUAAGACCCGUUACUGAAUUUGGCUUCUGUAAAGCUUUUCUCCCUGCUGCCACAAAGACCCGGUAGAUUGUGCUGGCACUGCACUGUCUACUUGAUCUGAAUCACUGUACAGCUCACUGUGUAAGCUGCUCACUUCUUGACACCCAGGAAACAGUUCUACGCAUAUGAAGUACUAUUAGGGCUAACUAUGCAAAUUCCAAAAUUAGAGUUUUGUGUGUAUAAUGUUUCAGUCUAAAUACUGUGAUUUAUUCAAUCCUGUGUUCAUUCAAAAGUUAUCUGGAAUCAUGCUGCCUCAACUUGAAAAGAUCUGGCUUAAACUGUAUAAAGGUAUAGCAGUCAUUUUAUUAUAUUUCUAAAUAGAGGACUUAUAAAAAUAAAAUGAAGGCUUUGAAACAAA